AUGGCUGCCCGUUCAAACACCAGCUUCUUCCUCAGUGUCUCCUAUCAUCCCUGCUGGCCACCUGGGAGACAGAGGGGGUCUCAGAGUAACUGGGCAACAGAAAAUCCACAUCCACCAAUUACUGCUGCCCCCUCCUCUGGUGCAGCAGUGUGCCCAGUGCUGAGCACUUCCAGUAGGUGGCAGAGCUGGUUCUGGCUUCCCAUGUUGAUGGUAGCCUCCCUACCAUAUGAGGCCUGGGGUGCCACGUACAAGGUGGCAAUUGUGGGUCCCUGGAUGUGUGACCCUCUCUUCUCAAAAGCCCUUCCGGAGCAAGCGGCCCGGUUGGCUGUCAGUCGCAUUAACAAAGACCCGUAUAUCAGCAAGGGCUACUGGUAUGACUACACCCUGGUGUACGAGGACUGCCAGACGUCACGUGCCCUGGCCCGCUUCGCCGACCUGGAGAGGUAUGGUUCUGCUUUCCUGGGCCCGGCCAACCCGGGGUACUGCUCGUCAGCCGCCCUCCUGGGGAAGCACUGGAAUAAGGCCGUGCUUUCCUGGUCUUGCCUGAAGCCGGAGAUGGACCGCGGCACGUACCCCACCUUCCUGAGGCCGGUUCCCCCGGCUCCGCAGGUGCUGUUAGCCGCGCUGCGCUUCUUCCGCUGGGCGCACGUGGCCAUUGUCACUGCGCAGGAUGACCUGUGGGAGGCCACCGGGCGCGAGCUGGCUUCCUCACUGCAGGCCCUCGGCCUGCCCGUCCGCACCGUGGUCACCAUGGAGACGGAAGGCAACGGCGCACGCGAGGCCCUGCGGAAGAUCAGAGAAGCCGACGGAGUACGAGUCAUCGUCAUGUGCAUGCACUCUGUUCUGAUUGGUGGAGAGGCCCAGCACAAGCUCCUGACCACAGCUGUGGACAUGCGGAUGGUGGACCGGGGCUACGUCUUCAUGCCUUAUGACACACUUCUGUACUCCCUGCCCUAUAAGAAUGCAGAGUACCCUGCCCUGACCAACAGCACCAAGCUCCGCCGGGCCUACGAUGCUGUGCUCACCAUUACUAUGGACUCUGGGGAAAAGAACUUCUAUGAAGCCUUUAAGGAAGCCCAAGACAGCUAUGAAAUCCACAGCAGGGUCCCACCUGAACAGGUGUCUCCUUUUUUUGGGAGCAUCUACAACAUGAUGUACUUCCUGGCCAUGUCGGUGGAGCAGAGCCGGCUGUCGGAGGGCUGCUGGGUUUCUGGAGAGGUGCUGGGCCGGAGCAGGGGUGGUUUCCAGUUCUCCGGGUUCAACCAGCCCCUGUCGGCUGGGAGCGACGGGGAGGGACUGCAGGGGCGUUACGUCGUCCUGGAUACAGAUGGAACGGGGGCGUCGCUGAGAACCACGCACUUCCUGGAGGCCCCGCACACCUCCGGAGAGUUUGGGUGGCUGAAGUACACGGGACGGUCGAUACACUUUGCUGGAGCCAUGCCCAGCAGUGACUCCAACUGCUGGUUCAGCCCUUACAUCGCAUGCAGCGGGGGUGAGAGACUAUGGAUGGCAAAAAGAAUCAGUUAUGGAGGGGGAGGUGGACCAAGCAGUAGAGUUCUGCUGACUCUAGAUGACCUGGUUUUCAUCAACACACAAUUUAGCAGAAGGAAGCUCAAUGAUGACACCAUGACAAAGAGCAUUAUGGAUGACAAGACGCCUUUCCACUCUGUUUCCAGGCGCAAUUAUGCAGCCAGCAGCCCUGAGACAUCCAAUGUUGCUGUCUUUGAGGGUGACUGGGUGUGGUUGAAGAGAUCCCCCAAAGCAAAUUCGAUGACUGAGGUCAAGGAGGACACCCAGACUGUCUUCACCAAACUACGGGACGUGCGGCAUGAGAAUCUCAACCUGUUCCUGGGCCUGUUUUUUGACUCGGGGGUCUUUGCCCUGGUGACAGAGUACUGCGCCCGCGGCAGUCUGGAGGACCUGCUCAACAACGAGGAAGUACGACUGGACUGGAUGUUCAAGUCCUCGCUGCUGAUGGACCUCAUCAGGGGCAUGAAGUUCCUUCACAGCCGAAACGUCUUCCACGGGCGCCUCAAAUCACGGAACUGCGUGGUGGACGGCCGCUUUGUGCUCAAGGUGACGGAUUACGGCUUCAACAAGCUCCUGGACAGCCAGCGCCUCGACCUGGAGGAGCAAAAACCAGAGGAUCAGUUAUGGACAGCCCCCGAGCACCUGAGGAAUGACGCAGACUGGAAGGGCUCCUUCACAGGAGAUGUGUUCAGCUUCGCCAUCAUCAUGCAGGAGGUGAUGUCCAGGAGCACUCCUUUCUGCACUCUGGAUAUGCCUGCCACUGAGAUCAUCAGGAAGGUGCGUUCUCCUCCUCCCCUGUGCCGGCCCAGUGUGUCCACCAACCAGGCGCCCAUUGAGUGCAUCCAGGUCAUGAAGCAGUGCUGGAGUGAGGAGCCAGAGAAGAGACCCACCUUUGAGGAAAUCUUCAAACAGUUCAAACGCAUGAACGGAGGGAAGAAGACAAACCUCAUUGACUCCAUGCUGCGGAUGCUGGAGCAGUACUCCUCUAACCUGGAGGCUCUAAUCAGGGAGCGGACCGAGGAGCUGGAGGUGGAGCGGCAGAAAACCGACAGGCUGGUGGCGCAGAUGCUGCCCAAAUCAGUGGCCCAGGCUCUGAAGAAAGGGAAUCCUGUUGAGCCAGAGCACUUCUCCGAUGUGACGCUGUACUUUAGCGACAUCGUGGGCUUCACUACCAUCUCAGCCCUGAGCGAGCCCAUCGAGGUGGUGGACCUGCUCAACGACCUCUACACCCUCUUCGAUGCCAUCAUCGGACAGCACGAUGUCUACAAGGUGGAGACCAUUGGAGAUGCCUACAUGGUGUCUUCAGGGGUGCCGAAUCGCAAUGGGUGCCGCCAUGCGGCUGAGGUGUCCAACAUGUCUCUGGACAUCCUGCACUGCAUCGGGGCCUUCAAGAUGCGACACAUGCCUGACGUUAAGGUCAAGAUCCGCAUCGGUCUGCACACUGGUCCAGUAGUGGCUGGAGUGGUGGGCCUGACAAUGCCUCGGUACUGUCUAUUCGGAGAUACUGUCAACACAGCCUCCAGAAUGGAAUCCACAGGACUGCCUUACAGAAUCCAUGUGAAUCAGACCACAGUAGACAUCCUCCGUGGUUUGAACAUGGGCUACAUGUUGGACACCAGGGGCUUGACAGAGUUGAAGGGUAAAGGGGCAGAAAAGACUUACUGGUUGGUUGGGAGAGAAGGGUUUACUAAACCACUGCCUGUACCUCCAGACCUUACACCAGGCGCAAGCAAUCACGGUAUCAGCCUGGAUGAAAUUCCACCAGAUCAAAGACAAAAAUUAAUUGAUCGGCAGAAAAAGAUGAGAAAAUAACAAGAGGUUUCUCAUUCCAUUAAUACUUCCUUCUCUGCUACCCUGUCUUCUGGAUAAAAUCGACAUUAUUCAGCAAAGCUCUUUGAUCUUCUUUUGAUUCAUUUUCCUCUCAUCAAGUCACCAAUGGCAACUGUGAAAGUAGCUUUUCCCCUAGUCCUCCUUCCAGCAACGUCUCAGCCGCACAUUCUCUACUUUUAAAGUUUGAACCUUAAUUUUCCAUAGGUCAGAGAAAAUGUACCCUGUUUUCCUUAAUUAUUAAUUCCACUAAGCUUGCUUGCGUGCACCAAAUGAACAUCUCUAG